AUGCCCCUCCCCCCAAUUCAGCGCCUACUUCCACUCGACGACAACUUUAAACUAUCUUCGUGGCCUCCUUACUUCAGGGUUUGCGUCCUUGCAUCACCCCAGAGAUUGGUCUCUGUCCCACGUGCGAUCGCCAUCGUUAAGGAAUUCGAAACCAUUAUCGACGGCCUCUCGGAUGCACUUGAUUUCAGUCGUACCAUUGGAGCCGAUGCAGCUGCAUCAAUCCCGUACGAGCUAGGUGGAGGUAGAGGUACACUUGGAGAAGUCGAUUUUUAUACCAGUCAUGAGGGAUUGAUGCUGGGCUACGAAUCCGCUUUGACGCGCGAGCUGCCCGUUCCUCCUUCAAUUGAUAUCGCUAGAUCUGCGUCUGCCACCGCCAACACCACUGCUGGUGCUGGUGCUGUUGAUGCUGAUGCAUCGAGGCCUGCUAAGGCGCACUAUAACACUGGAGCACACUUCUUGUGGAUCGGAGACCGUACACGCCAGCUGACGGGUGCGCAUGUGGAGUACUUUAGGGGAAUCAGGAACCCUAUUGGGAUCAAAGUCGGUCCAAGUAUGCAAGCGGAUGAGUUAGUGAAAGUAUUGGAUGUGGUCAACCCUGAUAAAGAAACUGGAAGGGUGACGCUCAUAACGCGGUACGGAGCAUCAAAGACUGCCUUCUCGUGGAUCAUGUUGUUGCCGUCCCGUAAUGCCAACCCCGAAAUCAUCGCGGUCUAUGAAACCAACUUCUGUGAUCGUGCUGCAAACUCUUUCCAAGUUGUAGGAUCUGAGUUUUGCCACGCACCAUCAGGUUUUAGUGUUUCUCUUCUCUUAUAG